GGCUCUAAUUGCCAUCAUUUGAAGUAAUCUUGCAACAUGACAAAGAAAGAUAGCAAAGGAAGCAAGCUCUCAAGGUACAUGAAGGCACCAUUAAGGAUCCUAAAAAAGGUAAGGGACAUGUAUGUUCAUGGCAUGAUCCAAUGUUCUCAUGACUUAGCUUAUGUAGAUCAUGUAACCAUGGGAUGUCCUGUCCAGCUUUACUCCCUUCCUAGGAGCUAUAGUGUUAACUCUACAACAUCUACCACAAGUAAUGAUGAUUUCAAGGAACUCGUAAGGGCUGCGUCGCUUAAGAUAAGAGACUGUAAUCGUGUUGAGUUGGGUGCGAAAGCGAUGAAGAUGCCUCAGAGUAGUAGUGUUGGAAUUGGAAGGAUUGAAGAAGACAAGAUAUGUGAGUUUGAAGACAAUGAUGAUAUCAAGGUCAAGCCCCUUCUUUAUUCACAAAGUAGAAGUUGUGCUAUUCGCAAGGGAGCAAGUAUGUUUUAAUUAUUAAUAUACCAUAAAAUAUUAGUAUUGUUUAGUUUACAAUUAUUUAAUAUAAAAUUGAAUUUUGUCUCUUAAAAUUAUAAUAAACUCAAACUCUUAUUAGCAUGGAUGUUAGUAAGUGUUAGUAUAUGUUUUAAUUGAUUUGAAAGUUUAUUGGUGUUGUA